AUGGACGAGAAGGAUACCAAGACGGUCGAGGUCGACAACACCACGUUGCCGUCCAAGACGGAAAAGGCCGACAACAUCCAAGUAGCACCUACUCCUGACUACUCCGCCCCCAAGGCAAAGACAGAGCAGCUUGAAGAUGCAAGAGGCUGGGAAUCCGAGAACUUGAUCCAGGAUCUGGAGAAGGAGUUGGAGCAGGCAAACUACAAGCUGGGCUUCUUUGAUAUGGAGUUCAAGAACCCAAAGCACUUUACCUGGAUGAUUGUUGCUUUUGCGUCCAUGGGUGGUCUGCUCUCUGGUUUAGAUCAAUCGCUCAUUUCAGGUGCGAACUUGACUUUGCCUAAAGACUUGGGUCUGACGGCGAGUCAAAACUCUCUUGUCAACUCUGGCAUGCCCCUCGGUGCUGUUGCCGGUGCUUUUCUCAUCUCUCCAUGCAAUGAGUACUUUGGCCGCCGCUGGGCUAUCAUCAUCUCUUGCAUCUUGUACACUAUCGGUGGUGCUCUCGAAGCCGGAGCCAUGAACUACGGUAUGAUGGUCGCAGCCCGCGUCGUCCUAGGUGCCGGUGUCGGUCUCGAAGGAGGAACCGUCCCCGUCUACGUUGCCGAGACUGUCGAAUCCAGACUCCGUGGUAACCUCGUCUCGCUCUACCAGUUCAACAUUGCCCUCGGAGAAGUCCUUGGGUACGCUGUUGCCGCCAUGUUCAUUACUCUCGACGACAGCUGGAGAUAUAUCCUCGGUAGCUCGCUCGUCUUCUCCACCAUCAUGGGUAUCGGCAUUCUCUUCAUGCCCGAGAGUCCUCGUUACCUGAUGCACAAGAACAAGCCGCUUGAAGCCUUCAAGGUCUGGAAGCGUAUCCGUGGUACUGCUACUCACGAAGCUCGUGAGGAGUUCUUCGUCAUGAAGGUUAGCACCGAGAUGGAAGAGGCCGAGGUUGCUGCUGGUCGCACAAACCGUUUCCCCUGGAUGGACUUCUUCACCAAGCCGCGUGCUCGCCGUGCCAUCAUAUACGCCAACAUCAUGAUCUUCCUUGGUCAAUUCACCGGUAUCAACGCGAUUAUGUACUACAUGUCCGUCCUCAUGUCCCAAGUCGGCUUCGACACCUACGACGCAACCUACAUGUCGCUCGUCGGCGGUGGCUCCCUCCUCAUCGGUACCAUCCCUGCCAUCUUCCUCAUGGAGACAUGCGGCCGCCGCUUCUGGGCCAUUGCCAUGCUUCCCGGUUUCUUCAUCGGCCUACUUCUCGUCGGAAUUUCCUACCACCUCACUACGCUCAGCGCCACGCUAGGUCUCUAUCUCAGCGGCCUUAUCCUCUACAUGCUCUUCUUCGGUUCCUACGCCGCACUCACCUGGGUCGUCCCCUCAGAAGUCUACCCCACCUACCUCCGCUCCUACGGUAUGACCACCUCGACCGGAUGGUUAUUCCUGUCCUCCUUCAUCGUCACCUACAACUUCACCGGCAUGCAGAACGCCUUCACUCGCACAGGCUUGACGCUCGGCUUCUACGGCGGUAUUGCGGUGCUGGGAUGGUUUUACCAGAUCUUCUUCAUGCCUGAGACCAAGGAUCUUACGCUGGAGGAAAUCGACCAGUUGUUCCAGAAGCCGACGAGGCAGCUGGUCAAGGAGAAUGCGAAGAACUCGUGGGAGGUCACGACGGAUCUUUGCCAUGGACGGUUCAAGAAGGUGUUUAUUGAUAACAACCGCCGUCUUCGUCGCGAGGAGUAG